UUCUUCCACUGACUUUCUCUUGAUGACCAGCAUAAUGCUAAGGUGGACCUUUCUGCUUUUGAUUCUCGUUGGAUUUGUAGCUGGGUUUAUCACGGACAACACAGGUUGUUCAGACUCGGAGUUUAAAUGUCGUAACGCUGAAUGCAUCGACGCUGACUGGACAUGUGACACGGAAGCCGACUGCACAGAUGGAUCGGACGAAGUUGGAUGUCCUAACGAUUGUUCCGGUGCCCACCAAAUUAAGUGCGAUAACGGAAAGUGCCUAACUUCAGCAUAUAAAUGUGACGGUGAUGAUGACUGCGGUGAUGGAACGGACGAACGUAACUGUCAAAACAUGACGUGCAAUGCCGACGAGUUUCACUGUACCAACGGCAUCUGCGUUGACGACACCUACUGGUGCGACGGCGAAAACGACUGCGGAGACCACUCUGACGAACAUAACUGUGCCACGGAGGGCUGUCACCGCACACAGAUUCGCUGCAACGGUACCGGCAAGUGCGUGAACAAGGCGUGGAAGUGUGACGGGGACACCGACUGUGAUGACGGAUCGGACGAGACAAACUGUGGACCGUGUGCUGCCGAUGAACACAGGUGUACCAAUGGCAGGUGCAUCGACAACGGUUGGCUGUGCGACGGCGAUAAUGACUGUGGUGACUGGUCCGACGAAAAGGGAGCUUGUGGUACUGUUGGCCCCAACGACUGCAGAGACAUGUUACAAGGACGAGACUGUGCCCUGAUGAAUGAAACGCAUAUCCCCAUAUGUCUUGACAGAGUCGAAGGACCAAAGUACUGUAAGAAAUACUGCAGACUGUGUCAUCAGUCUCAGUGGAUUUACGGAACAUUCACAUGUCCCGGGAACCAGUUUCACUGCACAGACGGUCCCUGCAUCGAUGGUAGUUGGAGGUGUGACGGGGAGAACGACUGCGGUGACGGGUCUGACGAGAGCGGCUGUUCUUCUGACACAAUCACAUGUCCCGGGAACCAGUUUCACUGCACAGACGGUCCCUGCAUCCAUGGUAGUUGGAGGUGUGACGGGAUAAUCGACUGCGGUGACUGGUCUGACGAGAGCGGCUGUUAUUCUGACACAAUCACAUGUCCCGGGAACCAGUUUCACUGCACAGACGGUCCCUGCAUCGAUGGUACUUGGAGAUGUGACGGGUCUGACGACUGCGAUGACGGGUCUGACGAGAGCGGCUGUUCUUCUGACACAAUCACAUGUCCCGGGAACCAGUUUCACUGCACAGACGGUCCCUGCAUCGAUGGUAGAUGGAGGUGUGACGGGUCUGACGACUGCGGUGACGGGUCUGACGAGAGCGGAUGUUCUUCUGACACAACAGAAUGCGGGAUCAGGUCGUCCAUGUGUCGCUCUGUCCGUAGGUGUGUCUCAGAUGAUCGGAGAUGUGACGGAGUGAACGACUGCGGGGAUUGGUCAGACGAGGACACGUGUCCAGACUUCAAAUGUCCCAGAUCCGGCUUCCGCUGUUUAAACGGACCGUGCAUCCCGCCAGGUUGGGUGUGUGACGGGGAGGAGGACUGUACUGAUGGCUCUGACGAACAUGCCUGUCCAAGUAGGAUUUCAUUGCCUUAUCGCUUAGAAUAAUCAUUAUUAGUCGUA